AUGGUUGCAACGAGUGCUAGAUUAGCCAAAACAAUUACAGGAUUACCGCCAUGUUGUUUAAGGAUUCAUCCAAAUGAUGCAAGUUGUAUAUGUAUAGGUACAUAUAAAUUGGAAGAAGAUACGGGUAUCAAGCAUGGAUCAUUGGAUGUGUAUAAAUAUGAUUCAAAUGAGUCAAUAUCGUUGAUUACUUCCAUUCCUACAACGUCAGCUAUACUUGAUAUAAAAUUCAAUCCAAAAGAAGCGUCACAAUUGACGUCUGUCCAUUCAAAUGGCCACUUGAUUAUAUGGAGCAUAAAAAAUUAUGAAAUUUCCAUUGUCAAAGAGGUUGUAAUUGAUGAAGACGAAUCGAACUGUAUUACGUCGAUAUUUUAUAAUCCUAAUGAUCCGAAUCAAGUACUUGUCACAUUAACCGAUGGAUCCGUGGCCAUAUACAACUUGAUAUCUGGAACUACUUCAUUUUUAGAUUCACAGCAUACCUUGGAAUGUUGGACUGGAUCCUUUGGUGAAUUGGGUCAAUUACAACAUGUUGUAUAUACGGGAGGUGAUGAUUCGCAAUUAAUUGCUCAUGAUCUACGAACAUCACAACCAAUAUGGACAUUAUCACGCGGCCACAAUGCUGGUGUAGUUAGUAUACUUUCGCCAUCGUCUUUAUGGAAUUCAUCCAAUGGCUAUUUACUUUGGACUGGAUCUUAUGAUGACCAUUUACGAGUAUGGGAUUUACGAUGUAUUGAUAAACUGAAUCCAAGCUUGAUGGAAGGAUACAUACCGAAGAAAUUACAUGAGGAGAAUCUUGGCGGCGGGGUGUGGAGAUUGAUACCUAGUCCUAUUGAAAAUGAUAAUCGAUUAUUAAGUUGUUGUAUGUAUGAUGGUGCUAGGAUCAUAAGUACGAAUGGUGCUGAUUUUACAGUGGAUAGAUAUUUUAAAAAUGAUCAUGAAAGUAUGUCCUAUGGCGGUGAUUGGUCAUCUAACGGGAGUUACAUCGCAACUUGCUCAUUUUAUGACAAAGUUGUACAAAUAUGGUCCCCUGAUAAAUUAGAAAAAUAG